UGUGUUAAUGGAUAAAUUGCGACAAUUUACAUUGACACUGGUUUCCUCGAAGCUCGUCAUGGUUAAAGUGAGCUUCUUGCUUUAAAUGUCGAUUUGAAAUAAUGACGGACAAACAAAAUGGUUGCAACUUUGUCGCAUGUCGAGUGGAUAUAUGAUGGCAUACCAUGAUAAAAGUGCUACUAUAAAAAGGGUCCCAUCCCACCUUGUGAUACCAUUGUCAUCAUGAGAACUCUCAUGCUGCUCAUAUUUGGCUUCGCCAGUUCCUGGGCCGCGGACUACGAGCUGUUGCUCGAGGAUCCUGAUAUCUUCUCACCCUGCACCGAAGCGCCGCCCGGAUCGAUUGGAUUUCACGAUGCCUUCGACACUGGCAAUCUGGUACUCGACCAGGACACGGACAUCAUUCACCUCUCCGAGAGUGUCACCACAAUCUGGGAUGUGGAGCCCACAGAUCGCAUAUCCGCCAAGUUUACAGUAAUGCACUACAACCGCGGCAGCUGGGAGCCAACUGUAUUUAGCAUGGCCACUCCGGAUUUCUGCGCCUCUAUGUUUGAUGAGAGCCAGUCAUGGUUUAAGUACUGGACCAAACACAUUUCAAACCGCGAAGAGGUGAUGCAAAAAUGCUUUAAAAAUCGUGGUACCGUUGUGAAGCACAAUCCGUUCGAUCUGCGGCUGCGUCUAACGGACAUCCGUGGCGCUUCUCUGAGGGGUCGCUAUAAAGCUGUGGUAUCCCUCGAGGCUUUCGAUGAGAAGGACGUACCGCGCCGUAAUUCCAUUUGCUUCGAAAUUAGGGGAGAAGCCGAAAAGAUAAAAUAAUCUGUCCAAGGAGCGGAGUCGCUAACCAAAUAAACAAGAUACGCCCAGGAUCUACAUGUUUCGAAAAUUAAAAAUAAAAUAUAUUAGCUAUCCCCAGCUGCCACUACAAAGAAAAAGUACUGUAAUUUGAGAACAGAUUUAUAUAUUUUUUACUCGUAGGAAAAGGCUACAGUUUAUUAUGCAAAAAGUGUUUAAGAGGCAAACCUAUGAAGUAUAUAUAUUUUUGGUCAGAUUCCCUAGCCGAGUAUUUCAUAACCGUAUUUCCGUUCGUCCGUCCUUAUG